AUGGACUCAGAGUACCUCGCCGAGCUCACGACAACGAUAUCGGCCGUUCAACGCGCUGCGAAGUUAUCAAAAAUUGUCCUGGCCGCUGCCAACAACCGCGUGGGACACAUCGACAAGGAUGAUCACAGCCCUGUCACCGUGGCCGACUUUGCUUGCCAGGCCAUCCUCACCGCCACCCUUACGGCUGCCUUUCCUAGUGACUCCUUUGUCGGCGAAGAGGCUGCUGACGACCUACGAGCGAACCCCGAUUUGCUAGCAGCCGUAUGGGCGAUUCUGCAAGAGGUCAAAGCCGCCGAGGUCGAGGGUGAGGAUGGUGCCUCGGUCGUCCGCUUCCCAACGUCGCCAGACCACACCUGCGAGCUCAUCGACCGUGCAGGCCUCGGCCAGCCUCACAAGGGGCGGGUCUGGGUGUUCGACCCCAUCGACGGCACAAAAACCUACCUUCGCGGCGAGAUUUAUGCCGUCAACGCCUGCCUUCUCGUCGGCGGCAAGCAAACUGUCGCUGUCGUGGGCCUGCCGAACCUCGCGCCUGACGCCACGCCCCCGAUCCAGAAUCACACCAUCGACCCGAACCCGCACGGCGGCUCCCUCCUCUACGCCGUCCGCGGGCGCGGGUCGUUCCUCCGGCCGCUGCCCGGGGCCGCCGACCUGGCCGGCACCCGCAUCCCGCAGCACCCCACCGACACGUCAUCGUACCGCCUCGUCACGAGCACGGACGCCGACUCGUCCAUCCCCGGCAUCCACGAGAAGAUCGCCACGCGCAUGGGUCUCGCCUAUCCCGGCAACGAUCUCCUCGGCUGGGUACCGCGCUGGGCCUCCCUCGCCCUCGGCCACGCCAAUGUGACCUUUUGGGUCUACAAGAAGAGGGAGCGCCUCGGCAAGAUCUGGGACCACGCCGGCGCCAUGCUCAUGUUCCAGGAGGCCGGCGGCAAGGUGACUGACGUCGAUGGCAGGGAGCCCGACCUGACGGCAGGGCGUAAGAUGGUUGCCAAUUUUGGUUGGGUUGCCGCGCCGGCGGGCGUGCAUGCCGAGAUCCUAGCUGCCGUGCAGGAUGCUGUCAGGGCAGAGGGGCAUGGGGAUCUUCUGCGGCCGUUGGCGUGA